AUGUCUUCCGUAGCACAUAUCGAUAAAUCGCUUCAUAUUCUUCCCAACGACUCACCAGUAUGCGUGCUCGACUGCGUUGACGCUUUCAAAGCAUUAUCGAAAAAAGAAAAGGAGUAUGCUCAUUAUUUGAGCAAAGCGUCGUUUGACGGAGGUCUGGCUGUAUUUCUACAGGUUUCACCUGAGUCAGCUGGGCUUUUCGUCACGUUCUAUCGUAUGUUCAAGACGGAAACCAUUGAAAAACUCAAAGAGAAGGCUGAAAAAUGUGGUUUCACUGAGGAGGAAUGGAAUGGUUUUCUGGUGUACGUCGCUGGGUUCUAUUUCAAUAGUGGAAAUUAUCGUGGUUUCGGCGACACCAAGAUUAUACCAGGCGUGGAUGUUGCCAAAAUCGAUGCGCUCGUACAGUUCUCAGAAGCUAAGAAAACGUCGCCUUCAUUCAUUGACACCUGGGAAAGAGUGAAGCCUCUGAUCACUUCACUGCAGGAGGCCCAAACCCAUUUGGGGUUCGGUAACGAGGGAGUGACCUGUUAUCACAGUGAAAACGUGACCAAAGAGGAUGCUGAAAGGAUAGAUAGGUACUUCAAGGCACGCAAAAUUGAACCGUGGAAUACUAGGCUCUUCAAAGAUCAUGAUGCAAAGCAGGGAAAGACUGUUUAUCGAGUUAAACUAGCUAGUUCCAAGACAGAUGGAGCAACAGAGGAAGAGUUCGAAGAUUUUAUUGUGGUAACAGAGCGCGGUGAUUAUUCUCCUCUGAUGGCAAGAGCAAGUGCUUCCUUGAAAAAAGCAAUAGAUUCGGCUGCUAAUGAAAACCAGAAGGAAAUGAUCUCGAAAUAUGUGGAGCAUUUCACGGAAGGCGAUAUCAAGUUCCAUAAGGACGGUUCCAGAUAUUGGAUUAAAGAUGUGGAUCCUGUUAUCGAAAGCUACAUUGGUUUCAUUGAAAACUAUAGAGAUCCGGCGGGAACUCGAAGCGAAUUCGAAGGAUUUGUGGCGUGCGUAAACAAGGAAACUUCGAAGAAGUUCAAGAUGCUUGUGCAGAGAGCGGAAGAAAUCUUGAAGAGGUUACCAUGGGGUAAAGCGUACGAGAAGGAUCACUUCCUCAAGCCUGAUUUCACAGCCCUGGACGUUUUAGCCUUCGCCUCUAGUGGCAUUCCAUCUGGAAUCAACAUUCCCAAUUAUGACGAUAUUCGGCAGAACGAGGGCUUUAAAAAUGUUUCCUUAAAAAAUGUUAUUGCUGCCACACCAAAGCAGAAAAUGAAUUUCCUCGAUCAGGAGGAUGAGGACCUAUUCCACAAGUAUCACACGGAUUCCUUUGAAGUUCAAGUUGGCUUGCACGAAUUGCUCGGUCAUGGUAGCGGAAAACUGUUCCAAAAGAAUGCCGAUGGAACGUUCAACUUCGAUAAAGGAACCAAAGACAUAAAUACUGGCAAUCCGAUUGCAAAGUGGUAUGAGCCUGGUGAGACAUGGUCUUCGAAAUUCGGAGUGCUUUCUAGUGCUUACGAAGAAUGUCGAGCAGAGGCUGUUGGUUACGUACUUUGUUGCGAUGCUGAUAUUCUAGAGAUUUUCGGCUACACGGGUGAGAAGGCGGAGCUCGUCAAAUACGUAAACUGGAUGAACGAGAUUCGGGCUGGACUGCUAGCUCUUGAAUUCUAUUCCCCAGAGGCGCAGAAAUGGGGUCAGGCUCACUGUUAUGCCCGCUUCGUGCUGACGAAAGUCUGCCUUGAAGCUGGCCAAGACUUUGUGACGAUCACAGAUUGCGUAGGAGACGACGGCAAACCUGACCUCAAAUUCAAGCUUGAUCGAAAGAAGAUAGACUCCGUGGGUCGGCCUGCAGUUACAGAAUUCCUGAGAAAACUUCAGGCUUACAAAUCAACUGGAGAUUUGGAAGGUGGUACGAAGUUAUUUGAAAGCUAUGGCAAAAUUACGGAUCGAGAGCUUCGCUGGCGGGAUAUCUGUAUUGCCCGCCGUAAGCCACGGCGUAUAUUUGUGCAGGCUAAUACGAAAAUAAAUGAUAAAGGCGAAGUAGACCUGAUAUCAUAUGAUUCUACGGCAACGGGCGUGAUUCAGUCUUUCAUCGAUCGUUAUGAUGCUACAGCCAUUGAUGAUCUAGAGAAAUGUUGGAAUCUGGAUAGUGUGUGGUACCCUCGAGCCUAUGGAGCGAAAUAG